GAAGCGUGGGCGGUUGAGACGCCGGCGCCAGCCACAGUCACACAGCGGGUCGGUGCUGGUCUUGCCCAUGAGGCCCAGGAAAAUCCGAAGGCAGCUGAGGAGAAGCGCUGUAUCCCGCAUGGCGGCAUUGAGGGCCCAGACGCUGCCAAGCGAGGACUCGGAGGACUCGAGGGUGGAAUCGACAGUGGACUAUCCCCGGGACCCGCUUCCUGGAGGGGCUGCGGCCACCUCAGAUGCGGCCGGGCGAGAGCCGAACGGCCACCUGGGGCCUGCAGAGCUGCUGGAGGCCCCGCCCGCGGCCCACUCCCUGCAAACCCCGUCGGCGCGCCUGGUGGAGGUACCCGCCGCACCGGCCCGCGUGGUGGACACCUCGGCUUUGCUGUGCUCUGCCCAGCACUUGGCGGCCGCGACCCCUUCCGUGGCCCCAGCGACGCUGUCGGGGCCGCUCGUAGACAGCACGGGCGGGGAGCUAGCCUGGGAUUCUCCGUUGCAGCGCGUCUUGGCGGAGCUUAACCGCAUCCCCAGCAGCCGGCGGCGGGCGGCACGCCUCUUCGAAUGGCUUAUUGCGCCCAUGCCACCCGAUCACUUCUACCGGCGCCUGUGGGAGCGGGAGGCGGUACUGGUACGGCGGCAGGAUCACACCUACUAUCAGGGUCUCUUUUCUACUGCCGAUUUGGACUCCAUGCUGCGCAACGAGGAGGUGCAGUUCGGGCAGCAUCUGGACGCCGCGCGCUACAUCAAUGGGCGGCGCGAGACCUUGAAUCCACCCGGGCGCGCCCUGCCUGCCGCUGCGUGGUCCCUGUACCAGGCGGGCUGCUCCUUGCGCCUCCUUUGUCCGCAGGCUUUCUCGACCACCGUGUGGCAGUUUUUGGCUGUGCUCCAGGAGCAGUUUGGAAGUAUGGCGGGCUCCAACGCUUACCUCACGCCCCCCAAUUCGCAGGGCUUUGCUCCUCACUACGACGACAUCGAGGCUUUUGUGUUGCAGCUGGAAGGAAGGAAACUCUGGCGUGUCUACCGACCCCGGGUCCCAACUGAGGAACUGGCCCUGACAUCCAGCCCCAACUUCAGCCAGGACGACCUUGGUGAGCCGGUGCUGCAGGCCGUGCUGGAACCUGGAGAUUUGCUCUAUUUUCCUCGGGGUUUCAUUCAUCAAGCCGAAUGCCAGGAUGGAGUGCACUCUCUGCACCUCACCUUGUCCACGUACCAGCGCAAUACCUGGGGUGACUUCCUGGAGGCCGUACUGCCUCUGGCAGUGCAGGCUGCAAUGGAAGAAAAUGUGGAGUUCCGUAGGGGCCUGCCCCGAGACUUCAUGGAUUACAUGGGAGCCCAGCAUUCGGAUUCUAAGGAUCCUCGAAGAACUGCUUUCAUGGAGAAGGUGCGGGUCUUGGUUGCCCGCUUGGGACACUUCGCUCCUGUCGAUGCUGUGGCUGACCAGCGAGCCAAAGACUUUAUCCACGAUUCUCUGCCUCCCGUGUUGUCAGAUAGGGAGAGGGCACUAAGUGUUUAUGGGCUCCCAAUUCGCUGGGAGGCUGGAGAACCUGUAAACGUGGGAGCCCAGUUGACAACAGAAACAGAAGUGCACAUGCUUCAGGAUGGGAUAGCUCGGCUGUUGGAAGAAACUUCCCCAUAUCUGGCAAGUGAAUAUUCUCAUGGUUGGUGGAAAAGAGCCUGGUGUACCAGAGAGAGCACUGGACUUGGAACCAGAAGACCUGGGUUUGGGGUGGUAGCUGGUAGGCAGCUGGCUGAAUGACCUGAGGCUGCUUCUACACCUGGGCACACAGAUUUUAAUGGUGAGUGUACUAUGCACAACAAGGGAAGCUCAGGGUAGUGCUCUCUUCCAGUUGAUCAGGUAAGAUGGAAUCAUGUUUCCUUGACUAACCAUUUUAUUACGGAUCUGCAGGGCACCUGCUGCUAAACAGGCUGCUCGCCGAACUGCCACGAAGUCAUCAGAGAAGCAGUUUAGGAAGCUUGGGAGAAGCUUGGCAGUCAUGAGCUUGAGCCCACCAAUCAGGGACAGGGCUUCCACCUUCUCUCGGGAAUUUCCUUUACCCAGUUUGACUCUGUAAAGAACAGGUACUUUUAUUUUCCCUUCUUAAACUUUUGGUGCCCCCCCCCCCCCACCAGUGCCCUUAGGAUAAAAUCCAACCUCUGUAGGUUCUUUCCUAGUCAGCCUUAUCCCCAUUAGGUUAAGUUUCACUGGGUAGAGACUCAGUUGUCUUAUUUACUUGAAUCCCUAUUACCUAGCAUGUGCUAGGCACUAAAGUAUGCUGAAUGACUAAAUAAAAAACUUUCAAACAUGCA